AUGAGUUCAGUAACUCCAAUAUUCAAAUCCGGGGAUAAAUCGGAUGUUAGAAAUUACCGACCAAUUUCAAUCCAGAACCAUAUUGCUAAACUUUUUGAACAGUUAGUCCUUAAAAGUAUUUUGCCUUCCGUUAACAUAGUGUUAAUGGAUGAGCAAUACCGUUUUAGAUCCCAGCAGUCUGCCACCUUAAAUUUAAAUACGUUUAAUAACUUCGUUUUUGAUGCAGUUGAACAAGGCUCACAGGUUGAUGUCAUUUUUACUGAUUUUACCAAAGCCUUUGACCGUGUAGACCACUCAAUUCUUAUGGAAAUUUUAUUAAAAACUGGUUUUGGUGAACCAAUACUUUCAUAA